AUGUGGUUUAACUCGCGUCAGCUUGCCAUAGAUAAAUUCGAUAUUUUGAAGACGGAUCCGCGCCCACACUUCUUCUUCUUCAAUGAUGGAACGCAAACUGAAAUUACAACCGAAUAUGAAUUUAAUAUGAUGGUGAAAAGAAUAUCUCCGAACAAUAAUAAAGUUCGUCAGGUGUCUGUGACUGUUCUAGUGGAAGGAAUGAAAGCCUACAGUGAAUGGAAUUUAAGUGAAAUCACUAGAACCCUCUUUGGAGAAAUGUGGGACUCUAUAGAUUUUACUCCUAAAUUCGACAAAAAUGAACUACCAAAACCUGAGAAAGAGAUCGAAAUUCCGGAUGGGUUUUUUAGUGAGAUCAGAAGAAAACUUGAAGCCUUCCAAAUGAUCAACAACGAACAAACUGUUCGUGAGUUCAUUUCACCAUUUCUCACAACGGCGGUUGCGAUUUUGAAGAAAAAUCAGCAUAAUUUAAAACUGAACGCGAAAAUAGAUCUCCAGGGAAGCCGGGGGUUUGGUCCAGUUGAUUAUUUUAUCGAAAGUGAUGGCAUUUUAUUAAUUGUUGUUGAGGUAAAGAAAGAAAACUUUGAUCAGGGUACAGCGCAAGCAUUCGCCCAAAUGCACAGCGUAGUCGAGGCUUUAGAGAAAAAGUUCAAACUCGAUCAGACUGACUUUGAAGAAGGCAAGUUUCCUAUCAUGAUGUAUGGUAUUGUAACGAACGCUCGCGAAUGGAUCUUCAUUCGCUGGGUUGGCGACUCUAAAAAACCAAAAAUCGCGAUGACAACGCAUUUGUCUUGCCCAUUUGACGGUGAUUGGUCUCGUGCGAAGGAAAUUCUAGAAUUCAUCAUUGGGAUUCUUGAAUCACAGAUCCUUAUCACACCAUAUAAAAAAGUUAAAGUAUAA